UUUUUUGGCUUUUUUUUGAUUUGAAAAAAAUAGAACGUGGUUUAUUUUGGUCUUUUCUCGUCGCACAAAAUGAAAUACGUAUAAUGACAGUGUCGUUAGCGGAAAUAACAAAUAUUAGCAAUUCUAAUAAACUAAGCUGAGCAACCGCCAGCUGAAGCUUUUCAAAUAUUCCAUUAUAAUGCACAGAUCAGUGGAUAAUGCUAAAAAUCCCAGGAUGCUUAGCACGUUACUUACGUCACUUCCGGGAAAAAGCGAACGCCAACAAGAGCUUGGCGAUUUCGCUUUGAAUUUGUGAAAUUUUACCAUUUUACGCGUGAAGAAUAGAAAAUGACGACUCGAUCAGAGAGAGAAAAGAAUAAGAAAAAUGAAAAACACACACAUAUUCUUAUGGAGUUACUGCGCGACGAUCAGAACAAGUACUGCGCGGAUUGCCGGGCGAAGGGACCGAGAUGGGCUUCGUGGAAUCUCGGUAUAUUUGUUUGUAUUACGUGUGCGGGAAUACAUAGGAAUUUAGGCGUUCAUAUUUCCAGAGUAAAAUCGGUGAACUUAGAUGCUUGGACACCGGAACAAAUUAAGAGUAUGCAAGAGUGGGGUAACAAAAGAGCUGCUGAGUAUUAUGAAUUUCAUCUUCCUGAAGAUUUCCGUCGUCCUCAAGGAGACUCUACUCUUGAACAGUUCAUCAGAAAUAAGUAUGAGAAGAAGUUAUACAUUAAUAAGAACGGGCCACCUCCUGCUAAAGAGGUUGCGAGCAUUCCACAGAAGAAAGGUCAAGAGAAAAGCAAAUUAAAUGAUCCUCAAAACAAGAUUUCUCGACCUGAGCCAUCAAAGGCUACUGGAAAAUCCAACAUUGCUGUAAAUAAAAAGCCAGCGACAGUGGAUCUCUUGUCGUUAUCUGGAGCUACAGCAACUCAGAAAGCAGCACCAUUAGUGUCAGCAGCACCAACACAGAAAGCAGCACAACAAGCAGUACCACAGCAGAAUAAUAUCCUGUUAAACCUGUCCACAAGCCCACCUAAACAGAACAACACCAAUGGACUGAUCAACGUUAAUGGGUCUUCGUCUGAUCCUUCAAAAAACAAUAUGCAAGCAUCACAAGGUUUUGCUUUCGACUUGGCUCAAAAUAUGUCAAGUACUGUUGUACCAACAGUUGAUGCUUCAUUGUCAAAUAACAGCAAAACCUUUGAUACGAAAGAAGAUUUAUUUAAAGAUGACUUUAGCAGUGGAGGACAGUCCAAGAAAGAUUCAAUAAUGGCAUUGUAUCAGCCAUCGGCUCAAAAACAGAGCAAUCCACAAAUGUUUGGUGUACCGGGAGGUGUUUAUCUUCAGCACCAGCCACGGCAACAUAUGAAUGUAAUGGGAAUAAACAGACCACAAGGAAUGCCACCAUCUUACAACCAACAACAAGCAAUGUUUACAGCCCCAACAACACAACAACAACAGCAACAACAACAACCUAUGUUUCAGAUGAACCAAAUGCAGCAGCAAUUAGCCAUGAUGGCUUUAAGACAACAACAGCCAACUCAAGCAAUGACCAAUAAUCAGGCAAUGAUGCAGGCAGGUGCAGGCUACAACUAUAAUCAACAGAUGAGGGGAAUGGCACCAUAUAAUAACAUGGUGCCCAACAGCUGGAUGGUUCAACCAUCGGGUAAUUUCCCAGCACAACAAGCCACCCCACAGUAUGUGAGUACCGGACCACAAGUACCAACAUUCAACUUGUAUCAAGGACAAGCUGGUAUGCAAUCCGGACAUACUCUCAGCACAAACCUUUGGAAAUGAUGAAACUUAUUUCGUUCACAUGACGUCAUGUAUGUUCGUGCCUGUCGAUCACGUGACAUGUAAAUAUGAUUAAAGUUUAAAUGAGGAAUUAAUUAUUCAAUUCGAUAA